AUGCAGCUUUUCUGCCGUUGUUUGCUAUUCGUUUCGCUAUGUACAAUAUUAAUUGCACUGGAUUUGCCUAUAUACUUACGAUAUGAAGACACAGGCCCUGAUCAUAUUUUGCUUCCAAGACAUAGCGUUGAAAAAAGAAGAUUUCGACGAUUGGCUGAGAGAACAGACGAAGAAGAUGACGGAGAUUAUGCAGGCGAAGGAUGGACUCUACCAACUGAUGUUAAAGAAGAAAGGGUUGGCGAUGAGGACCAUACCUAUUACAUGAUGACGUCAAUGAUCAAUAAUAAAACUGAAGUGACAAAGAAUUGGAUUGAUGUAGACUUAAUGCUUACACAAGAAAAUGUUACCGGAAAUCGUCGCCACGUUCAACUUGUUAAUGGACACCGAAAAGCUAUUGGAGUCAAUCUAACUUUCGUGUUCCCAUUCUAUGGUCACAACAUGACAAAUGUCACAAUUGCGACAGGAGGUUUCCUUUAUGUUGGCGAUCAGACGCAUAGCUGGUUGGCGGCCACGCAGUAUAUUGCUCCUUUAAUGGCCAAUUUCAACACUCUUCGUAAUGGUUCCGAUAUUUUGUAUGCCGAUGAUGGGGAACAAUUUGUUUGUGAGUGGAGAAGGGUUCAAUUGCGAGGACAAGAAACUAAAGGACCUUUCAACUUUCAAUUGACUCUUUUGAAGUCUGGUGAUAUCACAUUUGUCUACAAGGAUGUACCCAUUCCGAUCAAUGAUAUCUCCGAAGAUCAACACCCAGUAAAACUCGGGAUUUCUGAUGCAUAUCUGUAUGAACACAAAAAAGGAAUGGGUAAUGGCGCAGCAAAGCGAGUAAUCUAUGAGUAUCAUCGCAUUGAAAUUGCCCAUGAGAAUGCCAUCAAUAAUUCGGUUAUUCGUCUCAAGGCUCAACCCACAUGUCAACAAUUCACAACGUGUAGUAAUUGCUCAAAUGCUACCAUUGAACAUUUCAAUUGCUCGUGGUGUCAUGCAAAAAAGGAACACGGUGGCCCUUUUUGCACAGAUUCUGGAGGCCUCCAUCGUCGACGACAGCAAUGGGUUGAAAAUAAUUGCAAAGAUCAAAGUCGAACAAUCUAUUGCAAUGGAAAUGAUGAUGAGAAUGAGAUUGAGGAUAAUGACGAUUCAACAACAUCGACAAUAGCUUCAACAAAUGCCACAAAAACAAACGGGGAACAUUUGGAGAAAAAUGCUCGUGGCUCGAUGGGAAUCUCCACUUUGUUGUUACUUUGUGUCACUGUGGUGGCGACAGUCGCAUGGCUUGCCUAUGCUUACUACAAUCCACACACACCGAGUGGACAACUCUUGAUUAAAUAUCGUCCAUCUCGUUGGAGAGCUCCGAUGAGUCAUGUUAGAUAUUCGGCUUCCGUUCAUAUG